UUCAAUAUUUUUUAAGUAUAGCUCUUAGUUCUUUUGAAAAUUGUGCGUUAUUUGGAAUCCAGCAGUUGUCGCGAUCGGAAGCAUUUGAAAACGUUACAAUUUCCUGCGUUGAAAAUUUGCUGUCAUUUUAUGUGGAAUUAAGUCGUGUCUUAGCAACGACAUAAUAAUAAAAAUCUAAUCGAAUUUAAAAGUGUUUACAGAAGUUAAUUCGAAUAUAUUUUUGGAUUAACAAGAAAAAUGUUGCCCUUUCGUUGGGGCCUGCUUGGUGUGGCGCUAUUAGUCGCCUUUACACAUGGAGCAUCAAUUAACUCAGCUGAUGAAGUUCAAAGAUCCAAAAGAAGCUACAAACGUGGACAAACUCAAUCACAGUACUUAAAUUUUGGACAACCUGAACUUGAUGGUAAAGCAGAGGCUGAAGCUACAGAAAAUGGUUCCAGAUCUACAGUUUCUGGAACCCAUGGUAUGGGACAAGCUCAAAGUCAAUUCUCAAGUGGAGACUGCAGUGGCUGUGGUGUUGGUAGUCCCCUUUAUGAUUAUUCUACUGGAUCGCCGGACCCUCUUAGAUUGGACGGAAAUGUUAUCUCUUAUUCAGAUGGUAAACCAUCAUCUAUAAUUGGAAUUACUGGAACACAACCAGGUGGAGGUUUUGAUACUGGUGCUGGUGGUGUAGGUCAGGUCGGUAGACCUGGUGGUGUUUAUGGUUCAGGUAUUGGAGGUACACCUGAUCAAAUGGGUCAGCCUGGUAUUGGUGGUUACGCUCCAGGUACUGGUGCCGUAGGAUCUCCAGGAACUGUUGGUGCUGGACAAAUUGGAAGACCCGGUAUGGGCGGAGCAUUUGCUCCAGGUGCUGGAUACUCCCCCAGUGAUGGUGGUGCAGGUCAAACUCCAGGAACUGCUGGUGCUGGACAAGUUGGAAGACCCGGUAUGGGAGGAGUCUUUGCUCCAGGUACUGGCUAUGCCCCCGGUGCUAGUGGUGCAGGUCAAGCUCCAGGAUCUGCUGGUGCUGGACAAGUUGGAAGACCGGGUAUGGGAGGGGUCUUUGCUCCAGGUACUGGAUAUGCUCCCGGUGCUGGUGAUGCAGGACAAGCUCCAGGAACUGCUGGACAAGUUGGAAGACCCGGCAUGGGAGGAGCCUUUGCUUCAGGUACUGGAUACGCUCCUGGUACCGGUAGUGCGGGACAAGUAGGAGCACCAGGAACUUCAUACGCCCCUGGUUAUGGCCCAACUGCUGGUAGUGGUGGUAUUGGACAACAAGGUGCUCCAGGAACGGCAUAUGGUCCAGGUUCUGGAGUUCAGCCAUCAGGUGUUGGAAAACCUAGUUUUGGUGGAAUGGGACAACAAGGACAGAGACAGCCACAACUGAUCGCACCACCUGGAGUAUUGCCAGGACAAGGGGGGCAACAUCCUGGUGCUACUUUCGGUCCUCAAAUGCCUGGUUAUGGUCAAGGUACAGGUCAACAAAUACAACCUUCUGGCAAACAACAUAUUCCCCGAUAUGGUGCUGGUGUCCAACAGGUACCGUCAUAUGGUACCGAUGGCCGUCAACCAAGUGCUAGCGGCCCUUCGUAUGGACAGCCCGGACAACAGGCUCCUGGUCAACAAAUUGCACAACCUGGAACAUUCUAUAGACCAAGUGCUGGUUUCGCUCCCGGUCAACAAAAAGCACCACAAUAUGUUACUGACCAACAGGCCACCGGUUAUCCUCAACAACCUGGUUUUGCACCAGGCUAUGGAGGAGCUGUAAGACAACCAGGUGGAGCUGUACAACCUGGCACAGGACCACAACAAAUUAUGCAACAACCCGGUGCAGGUAUUAUUGGAAGACCCGGAGCUGGUGGAAUCCAACAAGGUGUAGGUGGGGGUUUUGGACAAACAACAGGAACUGGUGGUGGUAUUGGUCAACAACCUGGAAGUGGAGCUCAACCCGGGUAUCAAACGCAACCUGGAGGUGUUUAUGGUCAACCAGGAACCAGUGUUCCUUCCGGUCAAGAAGGAGGUUAUCAAACUGGUGGCGCUUUUGGUCAACCUGGUACGGGAGUUCAGCAAGGCCGUGUUCAACCAAGUGGAGGUCUUGUUCAACCUAGUUCAGAUGGCCAACAAGGUGGUGCUCAGCCUGGUGGCGGCUUCAGACAUCCCGGAGCACAACCUGGUGCUGCAUUUGGACAACCCGGAACCAUCGGACAACCUGGUGCAGGUGUUCAGCAAGGACGAGUUCAACCAAGUGGUGGAUUUGUUCAACCGGGUACAGGAGUUCAACAAGGAGGUGUUCAACCAGGUGCCGGCUAUAGACAACCCGGAUCUGGAAUGCAACCUGGUGCUGGAUUUGGCCAGCCUGGUGUUGGCUACGGCCAACCUGGAGUACAACAAGGUGCUGGCGUACAACAAGGAGUUGGUGUACAACAUGGCCGUGUUCAACUAAGUGGCGGAUUUGUGCAACCAGGUACUGGAGUUCCACAUGGAAGUGUUCAACCAGGUACUGGAAUUCAACAUGGAGGAGUUCAACCAGGUACUAGCUUUGGUAGACCUGGAGCUGGUGCACAACCUGGUGCUGGUUUUAUUCAACCCGGUUCUGGUGAUGGCUAUGGUCAACCAGGAUCAGGAGUUCAACCUGGAACAAGUUAUAUUCCUCAAGGUGUAGGUGUUCAACCUGGUACCGCCUAUGUCCAACCGGCUGUAGGAGUUCAACAAGGUUCAGGAGUAUCACAUGGUGUUGGUCAACAAGGUAUAUUAACUCAGCCAGGUGCUGGUUUCGGUCAACCCGGUGCUGGAUAUCAACCUGGCGCAGGUUUGACGAAACCUGGAACUGGAGUUCCUCAAAGACCUACAGGUGUACAACAAGUACCCAGUUAUGUUCCCGGAUAUGGACAGCAAGGUGCAGGAACUCAACCAGGAACUGGAGUUGGUUUUGGUCAACAACCUCAAAUGACAUUCGAUCAACCAGGUUCUGCUCAACAAGGUGGUGUUCGUCUAAGCGGUGGUUUUGUGCAACCGGGACGUAUGCAACCCAGUGCUGAAUAUGGCCAACCAGGAGCAGGAAUGGGUCAACAAGGUCAAACAGGAGUUGGUCAACAAGGUAGUGCUCAGCCAGGAACUGGUUUUGGUCAAUAUCCUGGAUCCGGUUUCACCCAACCUGGUGCUGGUUUUAUUCCCCAGCCCGCAGGAGGCUUACAACAAGGUGCAGGAGUACAACAAGGAGCUGGAAUUCAACAAGGAGCUGGAGUUCAACAAGGCGUUGGUGUUCAACAAGGAGCUAGUGCUCAACAAGGUACAGGCUUUGGUCCCGGCUAUGAUAGCACUUAUGGUCAACAACCUGGAGUUGGUGGAGUUUAUGAUCAAGUUAGUGGUGGUCAACCUGGUACUGGUGUUCAAUAUGGCCAACCCGGAUUUGGUCAACAAGGAGCUGGACAAACAAGUGGAGCUGGAGUUCACGCCCCAGGUGCUGGUGUCCAAACAGGUUAUGGCCAACCUACCGGCACAGGUGUUUCAGAAUACGGUCAAGGUCCACAACAAAUUGUUCAACCCGGUUUGGCCUACAUUCCUGGCGGUGUACAACCUUCCGGAGUACAACAAGGAAUUGCAGGAUCUGGAGGUUUAGUUGCUGGUGUGGGUGGUGCUGACGAUGCUUUCUCACAAGCUGAAUCAUCUAUUGGUAAUGGACAAGCCGCUGCAAGUGCUCAAGGUAAAAAGAAUGGUGGCACGGCAAAAACACAAGUACAGGGUACUUACAGUUCAAGCGGAUCCUUCAGUGCUAGUGCUAUGACCUCAGAUAGUGACCGUUCAGCAAGUUCUCAAGUAACAGGUGGAGCCGAAGGUGCCAUGAGUCAGUCUCAAGGUCAAGGUGGUGCUGCUCAGUCUCAAGCACAAGUACAAGUAAACGAAAAGACUGGAGGAACAAAGGCAUCAUCUCAAAGUGGUGGUAUAAUUCACCAAAGCCAGAGUGAGGUACAAGCUAAUGAUAAAGGUGGUUUGGCUGAUGCUCAGUCAAGUGGUCCAGGCCAAACAUCAUCUCAAGCUCAAAUUGGUUUUAGACCUGGCCAAGAUGGUGAAAUUGUACGAUCUGCAGGUGGUGGUCAAGCGUCAGCACAGUCGGGUGUACAUUCUGGAAACAGCCAGUCUCAGAUACAGGGAACUUCAAAAUAUGGCGUUUCUUAUCAUGGCGCUGCUCAAUCUGCUUCCGGUACAAAAGAACAGGUUGCAACCUAUCGUGAACAAAAUAGAGAUCUCUUUAACACAAUCAGCCAAUUCGGAAACACUGAUGCGGUAACUGAUCGUGUCGAUACUGUAUAUAAUCCAGCUCUUACAUCUGAGUCUGACAUACCCGAUUUGCAACUAAAAGCUUCCAAAACAAAUAAAGAAGUGGCAAACUCAAAUAAAUUAGAUGAUGAUUCAAACUUACCUGACGAAGAAGAUGAAGAAGAACCCUUUGAUGAAUACGAAGAUGAGGAAGACUAUUACAAUGAAAAUCCCGUUAAAAUGGCUUCAAAGCCCAAUGAUGAUAAAAACCAAGAGUCAUCAGCGUUAUAUCGCACUCAUACCCAAACAUCACCCACUCAAACUCAACAAGUCUCCGUUGCCGAUCCCACUAAAAAAUAUAAUGUAGUACAAAACCAAAAUGGACGUGUACAAACAUAUCCCUCACGCACAACUACCGAAACUGUGCCCAGUGGUUUCCGUGGCACCGUUAAUGUUGAGAAAAAAUUCCAUACCAAAUCAUUAGAACCUCACAAGUCCGAAAACAAACUAAACAUAACUGCCGACGAAAAACCCGAACACAAGUCAAGAACACCUGACAGUUAUGUCACCGUAACAAAAUCCGUUACCGGUAGCAUGGACAAUUCAAAGAAUCCUCCUCAAGAUAGCAAAAACUUCCAGUCCACCUAUUACACUAAAUCAUCUACUUGCGGUUAUUUCACUUUUUCUUGCAACAUAGUCUAUGGUGCAAAUGGUCGCAGCAAGAUCUGUCGCCCUAAAGCACCCACCAAUGGUAAAUGCUAAAAUUUACCAAACACUAUUUUAUAUGUAGUUUUAUACAAAUAAUACUAAUACGACUAAAUAUUCUGUAUCAUCAUUCAAGAAAUCAAUUCUAAAUAAAUAAGUGUAAGUUGUA